AAGCACGUGGAUCUAGAAAGAGCAGGUCAUACGUAUUACCUAUGUUUGUUCUAGGCCGCGACUACUUAUGCUGUUUGUCUCAGCGUUUUUGUUUGUGUCAGCACACUUUUUCGCGCCACUUCUCAUUUUCCGACUUUUUCGUCCAGUAGGCAUGCAUAGAAGGCAAAGAAAGUUGUUCGACCUGUUUGAUUGAUCCACAACGCAACUCUUGAAGAUGUCGCAGAGAGCAAGGAAGAAACAAUCGUUGGAGCGGUCAACGCCCAGUUUGUCAUCCAGUAGCUCAGAAGAACGGAAGAGCGUCGAAAAGCCAGUUGCAGACGACGAGAGCAGCGGGGAUGAACUAGUGAUGGCGGUCGGGAAGACGAACAAGAGACCGAGACUCCCAUCGAAAAGCGAAGACAAUAUGGUGUUCGCGAAAAAUGCAGUUUCGAAUGGUAAAAAAACAGCUGCGGCGGGUGCCUCCCCCAAUUCCGCCAUGAAAGCGAGUAUGAAAGCGGCUCCGUCGUCUGCGAAGAAAAAUGCGGCUGCAAAUUACGUCCCAGACUCCUCAAAUUCAGGACCUGCUAGUCGUGCCGGCAAUGGCAAUAACUCGGGAUCUGCGUCCUCCAGCUCUUCUAGCAGCGGAAACCAGAGGUUAUUUCAACAGCAACAAACCAAUCAGAAGAAGCCAGUCGCGGUACCAAAGAAUGUUGACUCGCAGCCUCCAUUAGAAGCUUCUCCCGAGGAAGACAGCAAUGACAGCAGCGCAGUAGGCGGGAACAAUUUUCAAAACGGGAACACCGACAGCCAAAUGAGCAGCUUUGAGAACAAGACUGGCCGGUCGGCUGCUACUUCCUCCCAGCAAGUGAUGAAAAAACAGAACUUGUACGGUGCCGCGCAGAACCUCUACUAUACCUCAAAGGAAUAUUUGGAUCGAUUGUCAGAGGAGCAAAGACUCUUGAAGAGAAAGCGCGACAAGUUUGUGUACCGCGAGCCCGAGUUUAUUUCUGAUGCGGAAGUGGCCGAUGCGGAGGCACAGAACGACAUGAAAUCCGCCUUACUGCUCUCCCCGCGCUCCGCCGCCCUGCGCGGUUUGACAAAAAUCACAAAGCACAACGGGCGAAGCGGGAAACAGGACUUGAUUUCAAGAAUUCUCUGCCGUUGGUGGUACUGCUCUCCGGUUGUUGUAGAGAGUGACGAAGUGGAAAAGGAAAAGCAAGCAGCUUACGCGACGCAACAACUGGAGAAAAACAAGUUCGCGAAACUUUCUUUCGAAGAUUUUUACGAGAAAGUGCGGAAGUAUGGAUGUGUCAGAAUCGAAAUCGACAAAGUUGAAAUAACUUGUAAUGCAGAAAAUGGAUGAAAGUUGCAACCCAGUUGCCAAGUGGCGCAUGACAAAUUUGGGUAGAGCCGAAAUCCAGUCUGUCAUGCUGUUUGGGUAAGGAAGCCGCCUUUUGUCAUGCUACUUAAGCAGCUCUAUUUCUACCCCGAAACAGGCGUACAAUCUGCCCCCCUUGCCUACUCUGCAAGACAGGCACUUUCUGCGUUGCAUUUUAUGCAUGACAAACUAUUUCAACUUUGACGAUUUCAAAGCUGACAGUUCCAUAGGGAGCCCGCAGAUGAUUUCGACGCGGAGCAGGCGGCGGCGGCCGAAAGUAUCGCCGGAGAUGGUAGCAAAAGCAAGAAAAAGAGUGGAAAGAAAAAAACGAAAGCCGAGCUGAACAAAGAAAGGCAAGAGUUCGAAAAAACGCUCGUUCACUUCGUCUACGAGAUGGGCGACUUUCCCGGCGUGUUUCGGAACUUCAAGGGCGACCUGUUCGACUUUCGGAAACCGAGGAUGUGCUACAAUCUACUGGAGAAGAAGACGGAAGCGGAGCUGAAAGUCCUACUGGAAACGGGGUUGCGGAACCAGCGAUCCGCGUUAGAGGAAAAGAUGGAGAAGAACAAGUGGAGCUUUCCCUACGACACGGACCUUUGGGAAGAUUUGACCAGGCAGCUGGACGAAAUUGUGGCCAGUAUCGCACGGGGAAAGACAAAGAAAAAGACGGAAAAUAAUGGAAAGCUGUGACGAGCGAACACAGAGACUGAAGUACUAUGUGAACCAGAUGUAGGAAAACUGUUAGCGCAAUACGGCUGUCUCAUAGAAGUAGAGAAGAUUUGUGCGUGGAAAGAAU